CUACUAAAUUUUAUCCAAAAGUUGGCUCAAAGAACCAAACCAACAGUAACAAAGAGCAGACAAAAAUCUACGGGCAAGGAAGUACGCAUGCAGCGAGAAGGAAAUGGUGAACAAACCAUGGAAGAUACUACCAAGGCGUUUGCUCGAAACUAUCCUCAACAACCACGCUCAGCACCACCGUGUCCCUCAACCGCUUAUCCUCCAUGGCCCCCGGGGCGUCGGGAAGACAACCCUCAUCCUCGAACGUCUUCUUGGUGAAUGGAACAAAGGUCCUCAUCUCACCGGCUAUGUAGAUUUCGCUCAGUCGAUCAAAGAUCACCACCCACAGUACGACCAGUCAUUUCCUUGGGCAUCUUGGUCUACCUGCGAGCCACCUCCUUUAUCCAGCUGCAGAAUCCAGCUGGAGAACUGCCUCGAAUCAAUGGCGGAGAAGGGUGUCAAGCUUGGCACCAUAAGCUCCCACCAAAUUUUCACUACCCUGAAUAAAUGGCACGGACUUAGGACUUCGCUUCGUUGCAUACUGCAGAGUAAUAAAUGUUCCAGGACUGCUGUCUCUGAUAAGGCCUCAAGCUCUGCUUUGUGGGAUCGCACUGUUUUUGCGCUAACUGCUCGAUCAAAUGUCAAGGAGAUCGAUGGAAUUUUGGGAUUUGAAGGGAACGGCAAGAAUUUGUCCAUUGAAGAGGCUUCAUAUUUCAGGGAGUCAAUUGUGGCUUUGAGAUUGGCCAAGGAGGUGAUCAAGAUGCAACAAGGGUGGAGAGCUAAUGCCAUUGCUCAAUUGAAUAGGACUGGUGGCAUUUCAAGGUCUCUAGCAAAUUCAUGUACCGAUUGGCCUUGUUUGUUGCUGGAGUUACUUUCAGGAGCUGCUGAAAUUGAUCAUUUUCAGCCAAAGUUGAUCAUAAAUAAUGCUGAAAUUCUGCGGAAUGCAGUAUUGAUGGAUGACUCAACAGUAUGUGCUUCAAUGUAUCAUGACAGUUUGAUAUGGAGAAUAAUAGCUUUGGGAGCAAAUGAGCAGUGCCUGCCUGUCAUACUUGUGACCUCUGAUAGCUACUACUCAUAUCAGGCGUUCACGGAUUUUGGAUUUCCUGACAUAUUCAUCUCUCGUGAGACAUUUGGUUGGACUCCACAAGAAGCUAAAAUGCAUAUGGUUAGUGACUACUUCAGUAACUCAGAGUGGCUGGUGGUUGCUGAGGUGCUGGGGCCAAACCCUCGUCAUCUCUUUGAAGUUUAUGCACUCAAACAGGCCAAUUAUUAUCAGAAGUUGAUGGACAACAAGGGUAGUUCAUUUGAAGACAUAGUAGAUGCAUAUUUAGCAUAUUUGCAGGUUACUGUGGUGAAUCCUGCCAUGGACAAAGCACUGAAACUCCUGCAAAAGUUUGCCACUGAUGCACGUAAAGGAAGGAUUUCCAAAGAUAAAUUACGAUUUGGUGCUCCAUGGAGGCAUCCUCCAUUAGCAGAUGACCCAACUCUUUGUAUGGAGUGGGCUAAGAUUCAUUUGAUGGAUUUUAUUCAAUCUUUUGUCAACACAGAAUUUGGAGUUAAUUAUCUAGCUGACUGUAGCCUUGAGAUCUGGGAUGACCCUGCUGCUGUUGCAUUAGUGGAGGUUGGCUUGCUUUAUGUUCAAAGAGAUCCAUCUUUAAUUCGCCCAAUCUCUAGAGGUAUUCAGAGGUGUCUUGUUAGAUGGCUUGUCUGGGAAAAGAUGCUAUUGAGUUACCAAAACUUUCUGCAAUAUCUAUGGCAACGAGUUGUACGUGGUCGUAGCUAUCGUCACUUGAUGUUGCAAGUGGGCUAUAAAUAGAACAUUGGACAACAUGAGACAUAUUUUCGAAUUUAGCCUUUUUCAUUCACAUUUCAGGAUCAUUUUGGCAAAGGUGUACUCUUUGAGGAAGGCCUCUCAAGCUUUAACGGAAAUUUUAGGUCUCAAGCUGUUCGACAAGUUCCAGUCAUGAAUUUUGGUUCACUGCUGACAUUUGUUUCUCAUUACACCAUCUGUCUCAAAUUAUUUGUCAGCAUAACUAACUUGCAUGUAACUUUAGAUAAUGCCUUUAUAUAGCAUAUGAAUGAUUUCUUUUUCUUUUUUUCUUUUUUUGUUUUAAUACUUAGUCCUUUUUAGUAGUUUCAUUUGAUAAAAAAAUAUUUUCAAUUACCAUUCAUAUGCCCUAUAAAAGCGUUACCUAAAG